AUGAACAAUGCAUCUAGUAUUGUAAUAUUUUCACUGUCUGGCUUCAAUGCAACAGUCAACUACAGAGUCACACUUUUCACUCUCACUUUAUUAAGUUACUGUGUCAUUCUGGUCGUAAAUGUGACUCUCAUUUUAACCAUAAUCCUGGAUAAGAACCUCCAUGAACCUAUGUACAUCUGUGUGUGUAACCUAUGUUUUAAUGAAAAUGAACUUUAUGGGACUGCAGGUUUUUUCCCAAAAUUUGCUUUUGAACUUCUGUCUGAUGUUCAUGUAAUAUCAUAUGUUGGAUGUCUUUUACAAAUCUAUGCCAUUUACUCUUACACAAUGGUUCACUAUGUGGUUUUGGCUUUAAUGGCUUAUGACAGGUAUGUGGCCAUAUGUCGACCACUAGAGUAUCACUCUGUAAUGUCAUUGAGAAGGACUGCUGUGUUAGUGGCUUUGUCCUGGCUCGUUCCAUUCUGCUGUAUGAUCAUCGGUGUAUUUUUGACAUCUACACUGAAAAUAUGUGGCUCACACAUAGAGAAAAUCUACUGUGAGAACUGGGCAGUUGUUAAACUUGCUUGUAGUUCAACCAAAGCUAAUGACAUUUAUGGAUUGUUUCUUAUUUGCAUCUUUAUAGUUGUGGGCCUCUCCAUUCCAGCUUCAUAUGUGCAGUUGGUAAAAUCAGCUUUAAAAUCCAGGAGAGGCAGGAGAAAGUUUACACAGACGUGUGUGCCACAUUUAUUGUGUUUGUUUAAUGUUUCAGUUGCUGGCUUUUUUGAUGGUAUGUACUCGAGGUAUGGAUCGGCAUCUUUGGCACAGAGUGUGAAGAACUUCAUGGCCAUACAGUUUCUCCUGAUCCCACCUAUGCUGGACCCUAUUAUUUAUGGGCUGAUUCUGACUAAAAUUCGAGGUAGAAUGAAAUCUUUGUGCAUGAUGGCAUGUCAAAAAAAUUGA